UUAAGCUUGUGAAUGUGAGCAGUGCCAAGGCGGUGACAUUCCUCUCGGGGUAUCCCGGCAUGCCUGGGGCGCCAGGGAAAAAAGGAGAGACUGGUACACAAGGAGAAAAGGGACAACGGGGAGACCCUGGGGAACCUGGAAAAGUUGGACCGGCUGGGCAGAAAGGGGAGCCUGGGCCUCAAGGAAAAACCGGCUUGACUGGGCAACAAGGGCUAAAAGGUGACACUGGAGACAGAGGAACAAAUGGCGAAAAAGGUUUCACCGGACAGGUCUGCUCUACUCCUGCUGUCAGGAACUGUAAGGACCUGCUGGAUAAGGGACAUAUCUUCAGUGACGUGUACACCAUAUGCCCUGAUGGCCGGACACCCCUGACGGUGCUGUGUGAUAUGCACACUGACGGAGGAGGCUGGAUUGUCUUCCAGAGACGUUGGGAUGGAUCCGUAGAUUUCUACCGUGACUGGAAAUCCUAUAAGACCGGGUUUGGCAAUCUUUGGAAUGAGUUCUGGUUGGGAAAUGAUAACCUUCACCAGCUUACAUCGUCAGGCAAAUGGGAACUGCGAGUUGACCUGGAGGACUUUAACCUAUUAAAGCUCUUUGCCAAAUACCCAUCCUUCAAGAUCUUGUCUGAGGCUGAGAAAUACAAAAUAUUGGUUGGCGACCUCAAGGAAGGAAAUAUAUAUGAUGCCAUGAAAAUUCACAAUAAUGCACUGUUCAACACCCAUGAUCAGGACAAUGAGGAGAAACAGGGAACGUGUGCAAAGAGCUAUAAGGCGGGCUGGUGGUUCAUAAAUUGCUAUAAUGCUAAUCUGAAUGGAGUAUAUAAACUACCAAAGGAAACUGACUCCAUGGUGGGUGUCGAAUGGGCAACAAAUGGAAAAAGGAUCUCCUACAAACAUUCCGAAAUGAAAAUAAGACCUAUUUAAUUCUAUGUAUACAAAAAAAUACUGCGCAGGUCUAAAAGAACGUGAAUAGUGAUG